GGCUCGCGCUUUUCUCUCCUUCUCCAAGAUGGCGGCUGUCGGCGGCGCUGAGGCGGGAUCCGGGCGAGCCGAGUGAAGACCUGGUCCUGUAGACGGGAAGGAGCCUGGACACAGUGACACAUUCUCAAAGGCCUUGCAGGACCGCCAUGGCUUAUGAUGACUCCGUGAAGAAAGAAGAUUGCUUUGAUGGUGAUCACACCUUUGAGGACAUAGGACUUGCAGCUGGCCGAAGCCAACGAGAAAAGAAACGUUCUUAUAAAGAUUUUUUAAGGGAAGAGGAAGAAAUUGCUGCUCAGGUCAGGAAUUCUUCCAAGAAGAAGUUAAAGGAUAGUGAACUUUACUUCUUGGGGACGGACACGCACAAGAAGAAGAGGAAGCACUCCUCUGAUGAUUACUACUAUGGAGGACAGUGGUUCUUGUUCUGAGUGCCGAUAAACCAGUGUGAAGGAGGAGAGAGGUGGAGGGCUGGUAUUUUGGAGGAUUCAGCAUAGAAGAACAGUCUUCAUUUGUGAUACACCAGACAUUUCGUCUUUGGAAUCGUCACAGAAGAAAAAGAAAAAGUCCAGCCCACAACCUACUGAUACAGCCAUGGACCUAUUAAGAGCUAUCACUUCCCCACUGGCAGCAGGCUCCAAGCCCUCCAAAAAGACAGGGGAAAAAUCCUCCAGCUCUUCAAGCCAUUCAGAGAGUAGAAAGGAACACCACAGAAAGAAAGUAAGCGGAAGCAGUGGGGAACUAUCCCUGGAGGAUGGUGGCUCCCACAAAUCCAAAAAAAUGAAACCGCUGUAUGUGAACACAGAGACACUGACCCUUCGUGAGCCUGAUGGUUUAAAGAUGAAACUUAUUCUCUCACCAAAGGAGAAGGGAAGCAGCUCAGUGGAUGAGGAGUCUUUUCAACAUCCCUCUCAACAAGCGACUGUGAAAAAAUCCUCAAAGAAAUCAGCUCGGGAUGAGCAAGGUGCUUUACUCCUAGGACACGAGCUACAGAGCUUUCUGAGAACAGCCCGGAAGAAGCACAAGUCAUCCUCAGACCCACGUUCAUCUCCUGGCCCUGAAGGCUGUGGGUCUGACGCCUCCCAGUUCCCAGAAUCCCACAGUGCUAACCUUGAUUUUUCAGGUCUUGAGCCUAUUCUAGUAGAAUCAGACUCAUCCUCCGGGGGGGAACUAGAGGCUGGGGAGUUAGUGAUAGAUGAUUCUUACCGGGAAAUCAAGAAGAAAAAGAAGUCAAAGAAGAGCAAAAAGAAGAAGGACAAGGAAAAACACAAAGAGAAGCGACACUCCAAGUCCAAGAGAAGUUCAGGGCUUUCUGCUGCAGCAGUGGGAGAGGUCACAAUGACACCUGCCCCUCCUCCUGCCAUCCCAUAUGCUGGAGCGCCUGCCCCUCCCCCGCCACUUCCUGCCCUCCACACAGACGGGCAUAGUGAGAAAAAAAAGAAGAAAGAAGAGAAGGACAAAGAGCGGGAGAGGGGAGAAAAGCCAAAAAAGAAGAAUAUGUCGGCCUACCAGGUGUUCUGUAAAGAGUAUCGUGUAACCAUUGUGGCUGACCAUCCAGGGAUAGAUUUUGGGGAACUUAGUAAAAAACUGGCUGAGGUGUGGAAGCAAUUGCCAGAAAAGGACAAACUGAUUUGGAAGCAAAAAGCUCAGUAUCUGCAGCACAAACAGAACAAAGCAGAAGCUACAACUGUGAAAAGAAAAGCAUCCAGUUCAGAAGGUUCCAUGAAACUAAAAGCUGCUUCUGCAGGAGUACUGUCACCCCAAAAGAAGUCCCCACCCACCACCAUGCUGUUACCAGCCUCGCCAGCCAAAGCACCUGAGACAGAGCCCAUUGAUGUUGCUGCUCAUCUUCAGCUGUUGGGAGAGUCCCUAAGCCUCAUCGGUCACCGCCUGCAGGAAACUGAGGGCAUGGUGGCUGUGUCUGGUAGUCUGUCAGUGCUUCUGGAUUCCAUCAUCUGUGCACUUGGCCCCUUGGCGUGUCUGACCACACAACUACCUGAAUUGAAUGGCUGUCCCAAACAGGUCUUGUCAAACACACUAGACAACAUUGCUUACAUCAUGCCUGGACUGUGACAGCAAAGACUCCUGAGACAGAAAUCUUAUCCUACACCAUUGCUGGUUUGUGUAUAUAUGACUGUUCCAGAUCCCUUCACUGGCCUCUGGGUGUAGGUUUUAAAUUUUUAUAUCUAUACAUAUAUAUAUAAUGUACAAUAUAUACAUAGGACUGUAACUACUUUGCUUUUAAUAAUUUUAUGAUAUGGCAAAGGUUUAGCGAAGAGGAAACUUCAGCAUGAAUAUGGGCCUGGGAUUCUUUUUUCCUGCGGUGGAUAAAUCUGCCUUAAAAAUCAAUGUAACAUGGGGGCUGGGGGCUUGUUCAGGUGCCAAGCGCAUCUUUAUGGACAGCUAAAAUGUGAUUAUUUUUCCAAACUCAGUUGGACCUCCAGACCCGUCACUGACCAUUUGCCUUACCUGUCUUACAGUCUGAAAUGUAAUGGGAAAGAUUAUGGGAGGAUGCCAGUUGACUGAAAUUACAGAGCUUUUCAAUUUCAAGUGACCUAGGUAGGACAUGAUAAAAUCAUUCCCAUGAUAGUUACUGAGAUGGCUUAGGUGAACUGAGUAGGGGGUUUAGUCUGAUGCCUGCUAUACAGGUGUCCAUGUCUCAAAAUUUAUUAUAAUCAUUGGUACCAUUGGUAGCCUCAGUAGAGGCCAAGGAGUUAUGUGAGCCCUGGCAGCAAAAAAUACCUUGAAAUGGGUAAAGUUGUCAGUGCCACCAGUUGAACCUACAUAUGUUCUGAGCUGACCCAGAAUAUUUGAUCUGCAACACCAAGAGCUGGUAUCUUUCACUGGCAACAUUAAGUUAGCCACCAAGUCCUCAUAAGCUGCUACUUAGUUGCUUGGUUGUUGUGGAUAAACUUUGCCCAGCACGA